AUGACUAUCUCCUCAAUCGAGACCCAAGCCUGGAAGUGCCAACAAUGCGGACUCCCCGGCGUUCGGUUACCGGUUCGCCCCAAUGAUGCCACCAGUGGGGCCUACUACAAAUGCGUCCCAUGCAACCGCAACCUGGGCUUCUGCCCUUGCGUCACACCCGGAUCCAGGACAACCUCGACAUGUCCAUGCAGUACAAACAGCGGUCGUGACUCACCGGGUCUCGAAGACCAGUUGCCUCGUGGCGUCGCCGUGCUGUCAAUGGACCGAAAACAAUCUUUCAACCCUCACAACCCGGAUUCCGGGUUCGAUGAGGAUUGGGAAGCCAAUUGCAAGCCCGGCUUCAUGGUCUCAAGAUUCCCGGCCGUUGGCGACAACCUGCUUUGGUGA